AUGCGCCAUGAAAAAGUUCGAAUUGGUAAUCUAAAAUUAGGUGAGAGGGAAAAUGCAUUUAAUGAAAUAAGAAUUCUAGCUUCAAUCUAAGAUCAGAAUAUUAUAGGAUUCAAAGAAGCUUUUUUUGAUGAAAAAUCAAAUAGCUUAUGUAUUAUAAUGGAAUAUGCAUCUGGAGGUGACAUCGCUAAAUAAAUAUAAAAUUCAAUUCGCAAACAUGUGAUUAGAGCAUUAAAAGUGUUACACAAAGCUGGAAUCUUGCAUAGAGAUUUAAAAAGUGCCAAUGUUUUUAAAUCAUCAAAUGGCAUCUAUAAUUGGGAGAUAUGA